AUGGAACAGCCUCCCAGGAACUUAGAGCAAAUGAGGAGUAUAUUGGAUGAGGCGAUUUUGGAAACGCGCAGUACCCCUCUCGAAAAUCGACCGCGACUUCCCCACAUACCCCUAAGCAAGCGAAAUCGGGCUGUCGCGAGGGCUCUGAACCCAAUGCUGGUGACCUAUUUGGAAGCCAGCCGGGACCUUUGCGAGACGGACUCAAUUCUUUUUGGCGCCGCACUGGCAGUUUGCCGUAUUAUAGGCGCCAAACUUCCCACGGCUGAACGCACUACUGCACAAAGUAGCGCCAUCCCAGCCUGGAGAACAAGAAUCGAGGAACGUAUCGCAAAAGGCAAGGGCCCUCAUCGGCAGACUGACAUGCUUCAGCCGGAUAUAACGCAGAAACUAACGGAGCGCAUAGACGACCUGAAACAAAAGAUCGCUGCUUGGGGGAAGCGGAUUCGACGAUUUACCGAGAGGUCAGGCAGGUUCAACCAGAAUCGUCUCUUCCAGAGUGAUCAGAAGAGGCUCUAUAAAUCAUUGGAGCGACCAAAGUUAAGUGGAGCGGGCCCAGGACCGGAUCAGGCCGACACUAUCGCAUUCUGGCGUGGCCUGUGGUCAGAGCCCGUAAACCACAGCGAGGGCCCUUGGACGGAAGUUGUAGCGAGCCAGGGUGCGAGUGUUAUGCACAUGGAUCCCGUCACCAUAACGCCGAAUGACGUGGCUGAGGCGGUCCGUAGGGCCUCGAACUGGAAAAGUCCGGGGCUCGACGGGCUGCAUCACUACUGGCUGAAAGGGUUCGUAGUGUGUCAAACUACUACUAAACCAGUUUUUAUCGCUUGCUCAAGCGCAGCGAAGCUAAACAAGGCUUAUCUGCCACCAAACUAUGCCCAGACAUCGGGGGGUUCGAGCGACUUCCUUCAACCGCCUCUUUCAAGUACUACGUCUAAUUUAAAUGGAUUCUCCAGCCAAAGAAAUGAUGAUUUCCCCAAUAAAGAUCUCGCUCAGAACGAGUACAACCGAGACGGUAACGGUUUUGUCAAAAAUGGUAAUAGCUUUCUACAUAAUCAAAUAAAUGCCUUUGAAAAUUAUGAAACCCGCUCUGAACGUCCCCGUGCUGCUUUAGAAAGGAACGCAGCAAUUCUUCGACUGUUUAAUAAUAAUGAUGGACAAACCUACUCUUAUGCUUUUGAAACUGAAAAUGGUAUAUACGCAGAAGAAAAUGGUGUAGCUACAAAUGGUGUCGAAGCGCAAGGUAGUUAUUCCUACACCGGUGAUGACGGACAAGUAUAUAGCGUCAGAUAUACAGCUGGCCAGAAUGGUUUUGUACCGAAAGGUGACCACCUCCCUACGUCUCCUCCUAUUUCACAGGAGAUUUUAUUGGCUCUAGAACAAAACGCCCGUGAUGAGGCUGAAGGAAUUUACGAUGAUGGGUCCUACGAUGAAUACAAGUAUUCCAAUGGAGGCAGCAGAUACGAUACUCCAGUUUUUGGCAACAGUAAUACAAAUGGAAACCAUGUCAACAAAAUAAAUGACCAUGACGCGAUUGUAAUUAAUUCUGCUUUUAAUCCUGAAGUAUUCGGUCAGCAGGGAACCGGAGUAAGAAAUGCAAACAACCUUAGAAAGCCAAUCGACGAUGGUGUUACUAAAGCCUAUUUGCCACCUAUAUCCGAACAGAGGACUUCAGGAAACCAAAACGAAGAAGCUCGUUUCGGUAGCAGGAACCGCCAGCCAGGCUUCACCCCUAGAAACAGUUACAACUAUUAA